AUGCAUGUUACAGAUGAUGUAGAAUCCGAAUAUGCUUCACAUAGCUACAUCAUUGAGAAUGUUGAUGGAACUUUUGCAAAUUAUGGAUCAGCUUUGAAGGACAUUAUUGGAGUUUCUCGGCAGCAGGAAAAUGAUUCAUGUACAACUUUUGAAAUUCCGUUUGUGGAUGUUGACAUGCCUGCACAUUUUGGAACUUCAACUGAUUCUACUUUUUGUCAAGGUUCCGAUGCUCCUAGUGAUUUUAGUGGCUACUAUUCAUCUUUGAAUUGUUACCAGGGUAUAGAUGCUAGACCUGUUGUUACUGACAGUUCUGCUUAUUUGCCUAAUGGUGUUUGUCCUGAAUUCUGGAAAAAUGAAGAGACAACGAGGAAUGUGAAGGUUGAAAAAAUGGAGUUUUUAACUGAUACUGCAAAUAUGAUUGGCGGCAUGCAUUUGAAUACCGGUGGUUCGGUCCCUUUUUAG